UUUGAAUGCUGGAGGGCGGGCCCGUGCGUUCUGAGAGGGAAAUUCGUCGGUGAGGUCGAGGACUAAUUCACCGACACGCCGCUCAUCGCACGCUUAUAAACCCGACUACCGACGAGCUGCUGCAGCCAUCUGUUAGAAACCCACCCGAUACCAGCACUAACUAGAUACCACGACAUGUCUCACAAGCAGAUUUAUUACUCGGACAAAUAUGACGAUGAAAAAUUCGAGUACAGACACGUCAUGCUGCCCAAAGACAUCGCCAAACGGGUCCCGAAGACGCAUCUGAUGUCCGAGACGGAGUGGCGGAAUCUGGGCGUUCAGCAGAGCCAAGGAUGGGUACAUUAUAUGAUCCAUCAGCCAGAACCUCACAUUUUGCUGUUUCGUCGGCCUCUACCCACACCGAAAUCCCAGUGACAGAAUGCAGGAGGCUCCUUAAACAGUACACUGUCAGAAGAGAAGAGACACCAGAUAACACGUGGUGUCGGUUCUGUUUCUGUUCCUUUCAGGUGGAACAGGGACUGUAUUCUGUUGAUCAGGACUUCCCAUCUCAAAAUUCUUAAACAAAUUCUUCUGUCAUUUUUGCAUAUAAAGCAUUUUCAGCAGUGGCACGGCACAGAAAGUUUGUGUCUUAAAAACAGAUUAUAGAAUCUAAAAAGAUUAUAGCACGUCACCUAAAGAAAACAAUGUCAGUCAUAAAAUCUAUUUUGCAGAACAGUCAGCGUCCUUUAGUUUUGCAGUGCCUUUUCUUAUUGCAGCUGGUUAAUUCAAGCGUAACAGGAUGAACAUUUAAUCACUUUUCUGGCCUCUGUCUUUUUUCCAUUUUCAUCCACACAUCUUACACAUCUGUAUCUGUCAAUUUACUUGUGCCGUUACAAAACUUUAUGUACUAUUUUUACUGUGAACAUUACUCACCUGCUCAAUAUUUAUAUCUUUUUUUUUUUUUUUUUUAAUAAACAUUUUGAAGUAUAUUCUGUUGGAUGUAUAUUUGUGGAGGACUCAACAUUCCACUGUAAUCUUGGUCAGCCCUUCAAAACGUACCCCUCUCCAGCACUGUGUUGCUUUGUGGUACAUGUUAUGUUGACCUAUAUUCCAGUUAGCAGUUGUGCUGGAUGUGCCUAAGGGUGUCACCAAUUUACAUAAUUUUAAAAUGUAUAAAAAGCCAAAUUUUUCAUCAGCAGUGCCCAAAAGUUAUUGCAGUGUUUGUGGUGGGUCAAGAGCUGAAAAGAUAAACCAUUGGACAAGGUAGGUAGGUUUCUAAGUGUUUCCAAAUGUUUUUUGAUUUUUACAAAUCAAAAUAAGUGAGUUAUGUAUAGUACUAAAUGGUCAUAUGCAAAAGUUUGUGCACCCCUGGUCAAGUGACGUUUUGUUGAAUAUCUAAGUUAACACACUUUUGCAUGUUUUAAUGCACAAUUAUUUAUUUGCUAAAUUUAACAUUGGAAAACGUUAAACGCGAUGUGGCCUGUUUAAAGUUCUGCCAUAGAUCACUAUCAGGUUUUUUUUUUAUGUGCCGUAUGUGUUCAACUCUGCCAAUAAAUAAGUCCACU